CGCAUGCCCAGGGGGGUUUAUUAUCUUCUUUCUGUUCAAGUGCCAUUUCGUUGCAUGCAGUGCAGUCUAUAAAACAGAAUGCGUUCUCCGCGGGUCUCGAGUUUCCUAUCACUUAUCGUCAUUCGUAGCGUAUAAACAUAACAGCACGCGGUCAUUAGCCCGAUUCAUAUUGUUUACGUAUCCAUCUGACACAUGGAAGCGCGGCCGGAGCGCGGCUAAAAUCGCGUUGGCAUCACUCGGACGAUCGUAAAACGCGAACUCGCUGUCUUCGUGGCGUCUCAGGCGUCUGUUUAGGGUACGCGAAACGGAGAACUUCUCUCGGGCCGAGAGCAGCCGCGCGAAAAUGUCAUCCAGCUACGCGGACGGGUUAUCGCCGUACGAAAACAAAGGAGUGCUGGGACUGGAGGAGAGAUACGACAGCGUUGAAACUCUGCGUCUGAAAUGCGGUCUACUGGCGGACUGGAUACAAGGUGCACGUCACGUCGUGGUUCACACUGGUGCCGGUAUCAGCACCGCCGCGGGUAUCCCCGAUUUCCGGGGUACAAAUGGUGUAUGGACAUUGGAACAGAAAGGUUUAAAGCCUACAAUGAACAUUUCCUUUGACGAAGCAGUUCCUACGAAGACACACAUGGCUUUGAAAAAGCUGAUAGAGGCCAAAAAAGUAAAAUUUAUCAUAAGCCAAAACAUAGACGGAUUGCACUUGCGAUCUGGCAUACAGAGGCAACAUCUUGCGGAACUACACGGAAACAUGUUUACGGAGCAGUGUGACAAAUGCGGCAGGCAGUUCAUUCGCAACUUCGCAACCAAAAGUGUCGGAAAAAAAUCUUUAGACACAGUGUGUAGAUCGGAACAAAUAGGUGGUCGUCCAUGCCGUGGUCGAAUGCACGAUACCAUUCUCGAUUGGGAGCAUAAUUUGCCAGAUAGUGAUCUGAGACUAUCUGACUUACAUUCCAGUGUUGCCGAUUUAAGUAUAUGUCUGGGAACGACACUGCAAAUUAUUCCAAGUGGCAAUUUGCCUUUGUAUACGAAGAAAUACGGAGGUCGUCUCGUUAUAUGUAACCUGCAACAAACGAAACAUGACAAGAAAGCUGACUUAAUUAUUAAUGGCAACGUCGAUGAAAUAAUGGUCGCGGUUAUGAAAAAACUGGGAUUGGAAAUCCCGGAAUACGAGAGCAGCAUGGAUCCCACACGAAAUUCUGACACAACCGCUAAAGAGAUGGAUUGGACAAUUCCCACUAGUAGAAUAAAAGAAAUGAAUGUGUUGUACAAGAAGGUGUGCAAGCCGAUGAAAAGGAAACGGAAAACGUUUAUGUACGAAAGAGAGAGAACAGAUACAAAAAGAGAGUCUAAAACCAGAAAACAAGGGUUUGUUAAGCAAGAAAUCAAAACAGAAGUUCAUAUAGAAGAAAAUAAUAUCACAACGUCGAGUGAAACAUGUAAGACCGAGAAUGAUCGGAUUGGCAAUUCCAUUAAAGCGGAGGAGAACGCGCAAAAUGUUGGAGCUUACAGAUAUUCGAUGGAAGACGGGACGGAUCAUAAUGCUGAUCUUGAAAUGAAUCAAACGCUGUAGCAAGUUUUUAUCGACACGAUAAUAUAAUUCUUCAUUCGAAUAUUUUAAUUCUUUUCAGUGUAUGCGCUCUACAGUUACUUAUAAAAUGCGUUUCGAAUGAUGGUCAUUAGAGAAUGAUGUCCAAAAGUAGAAUAGGUUUGCCGAUAUUCAAUAGAUAUCUGUAACACACUCGCCGCACAUUUAGCAUUUAAUCCAGUCCUCCGUUUUUUUUUUCUCAGACAAGACUUGUUUUACUUGUGAAAAUUUAACCCUUUGCGAUCGAAAAAAACCGGAAUAUUUCCAGCGAUGCAGGUUCACAGUCAAAUGUCAAAUAUUUAUGGUAUCAACUAUUUAAUUUAUAAGUUGCGGUUUAACUCGAUUUUAUAGACUUUUACAGUGUGAAAAAAUAUGGGUGUGUGUGCGUGUGGUGAAACAUAAUAUCGUCUCUAUAACACGUGAAAAUAAUUCUACUCUAACGAAAGAUACAUGCCCGAAUAACUUUCGAUCGCGAGGGAUUCAAGGUUUCCAAAAAAAAAAAAAAA